AUCUCAGAAACAAACAAACGCGAAAAAACGAAGUCUGAAGACUCUUGAACCCUAGUCGGCUCGGAGAAAAGUCCCCCCCCCCCCCCCCCCCGGCUCUCUCUCUCUCUCUCUGCGAGCGUGCGAACAACCAUCACCCACAACCGGCACCACCCAGGAGACGCGCUAUAAAUCCUCUGAGUUUUUUUGGCACAAGAAGAAGAAGAGAGGAAAACAACAAGCAGCAUCAUGAAGCUGGAUGUGGACGUUCUGAGGUACCUCUCCAAAGAGGAUUUCAGGGUUCUCACCGCCGUCGAGAUGGGCAUGCGAAAUCAUGAAAUCGUACCUUCGGAGCUCAUCCACCGCAUUGCCUCUCUCAAGCAUGGAGGUACUUACAAGGUGCUGAAGAACUUGCUCAAGCAUAAACUGUUGCAUCAUGACUCUUCCAAAUACGAUGGGUUCCGGCUCACCUACCUUGGUUAUGAUUUUCUUGCAAUUAAGACAAUGGUUAACCGUGGAGUUUUUUCUUCUGUCGGUCGUCAAAUUGGCGUUGGGAAAGAGUCUGAUAUCUUUGAGGUUGCCAAGGAUGAUGGUACCGUGCUUGCAAUGAAGCUGCAUAGGUUGGGUAGAACUUCUUUCAGGGCUGUCAAAUCUAAGCGUGAUUACUUAAGGCACCGAAGUAGUUUUAACUGGCUAUACUUGUCCCGCCUUGCUGCUCUCAAGGAGUUUGCUUUUAUGAAGGCUUUGGAGGAACAUGGCUUCCCUGUUCCAAAUGCUGUGGACUGUAAUCGGCAUUGCGUGAUUAUGUCCCUUGUUGAAGGUUAUCCACUUGUGCAGGUGAAGGAAUUGCAAAAUCCAGACACAGUUUUCGAAACCAUCCUUGGUCUUGUUGUUCGGCUGGCAGAGCAUGGCCUCAUUCACUGCGACUUCAAUGAAUUCAACAUUAUGAUUGAUGAGAAUGAGAAUGUCACUAUGAUUGAUUUCCCGCAAAUGGUAUCAGUAUCUCAUCGUAAUGCACAGAUGUACUUUGACCGAGAUGUUGAAUGCAUCUUCAAGUUUUUCACAAAGAGGUUCAAUGUAUCUUUUGAAGAAACACCCGAAGAAUCUGAUGGCUCAGAUGUGGAUUCAGAUGAAACUGGGCGGCCUCGCUUUUCAUCAAUAAAGAAAGUCACUGGUUCCCUGGACAAGGAACUUGCUGCCAGUGGGUUUACCAGAAAGGAUCAGGAUGACAUUGAAAAGUUCAUUGAAGGAGAUGUUGAGAAGGAUUUAGAUUCUGAUGGUGAAGGAACUGGAGAUGAAGGACAUAUUCUUGAGGCCUCACCUGAUGCCAAUAUCAAGCAUUUUGAUUCUCUGUGCUUAGUGGAGCAGCAUGAGCCAAUUGCGACCUGUGAUGAUGGAGAUGAGGAAGAGAAGCAGCAUCAGUUUGCUGAAGCAGGGCAGAGCAAUGGAAUGGAGAAUUCUGAGGCGAGUGAUAAGGAGCAAGAAGACAAACUUGAAGACGAAGAUAAUCCUGACUUAACAAAGCGCCUUAACAAGCAGAGACGGCGAGCCAUAGCUGCAGCCCAUGGUGGUGGCCGGAAGACUUCUGCUUCCAGAAAUUCGUACAAAGACAAGGGUGGCAAGUCCUCUUGUAAUUCCAAGAUCCAAAAGCAGUUGGGCAGCUGGUGAGGUAUGCUAAGAUCCCACACAAAAGUUAGCGAGAAUGUUUUAUAGCCUGGUGUGAUCCUGCAGAAAUGAUUAUCUUUAGUAAAUUGACGAGAAAAAUAGCUAUGCAAGAUUGAGUUAUCUCAAUUCCCUAUGUUGUUUUCAUCUGAGGCCAAAGUAGGACAAGUUGCUGGAAAACUACCAUGAUUUUGUGUUGUAGGACGUUGAGCAACAUUUCACAUCACAAUCUGCAUCAAAAGAUGCUUGGGACAAAGUGGUGAGUCGGUCGGGCUGCAAAAUAGGUCAUAUUUAUGCUUUCCUCUCUCUCUCUCUCUCUCUCUCUGGGCUGCAAAAUAGGUCAUAUUUAUGUUUUCCUCUCUCUCUCUCUCUCUCUCUCUCUCUCUCUCUCUCUCUAUAUAUAUAUAUAUAUAUAUAUAUAUUUAUUAAAGUUGUCUUUUUCUCUCUUGUUCUCAAAAUUGAGAGGCUGUAUUUUGUUAAUAGUCCUCCUGAAACAGUAUGUCACGAAAUCUUUUUAUGGCCGUGCCCGUUCUGAACAGGAUUUCAUUGGUUUUGAGCAGCUAUGUUUCUUUUGAUUGAUUGUCAUAAUUAUUGGGGGAGGAAUAAAAGUUUUUUUGUUUACUUGGUGUA